AUGGCUUUUGUGUUCAGAAGAUGGAGGGUCCUGCUGGUGCUGAACGUGCUCGCGGUCGCGGGGUUCAUGACUUUUUGGGCCAAGUGCAACACGCGCAGCGUGAAAGCCGCGGGUGCGGAUCCGGCGGCCGACGGGAAGCGGCAGACGCAGAGCAGCAACGGCACGGCUCCGGACUCCGGCAUCAGCCAGGAGGUGCUGCUGAGGAGACUGGGCUCCCUGGAGGACGUGGUGUACAGGCAAUUAAACGGUCUGUCCAAGUCGCUGGGCCUGAUUGAGGGCUUCGGAGGUCGGGGCAAAGGCGGCCUACCUGCCUCGCUGUCCCCAGCCGAGGAGAGCGAUGCCAAAUACCUGCGGGAGAAGUACGGCUACAACGCCUAUCUCAGUGACAAGAUCUCCUUGGACAGGACCAUCCCAGACCACCGCCCCAGCAAAUGCAGGAAGGUCAGCCACCCGAGGGACCUUCCUCAGAUCUCCCUCAUCUUCAUCUUCGUCAACGAGGCGCUGUCCGUGAUCCUCCGCUCGGUGCACUCGGCUGUCAAUCACACACCGGCUCACCUGCUCAAAGAGAUCAUCCUGGUGGACGACAACAGCGAUGACGAGCAACUGAAGGGCCCGCUGGAGGAGUACGUGAACAAGCGCUACCCAGGCCUGGUGAAGAUCGUCCGCAACCAGAACCGGGAGGGGCUGAUCCGCGCCAGAAUCGAGGGCUGGAAGGUCGCCAGCGCCGAGGUCACGGGCUUCUUUGAUGCCCACGUGGAGUUCACACCGUCCUGGGCUGAGCCGGUUCUGACCAGAAUCAAAGAAGACCACAAGCGGGUCAUUCUGCCCUCCAUCGACAACAUCAAGCACGACACGUUCGAACUGGAGCGUUACGAGAACUCGGGCCACGGCUACAACUGGGAGCUCUGGUGCAUGUACAUCAACCCUCUCAAGCAGUGGUGGGAUGAGGGCGACACCUCUGCCCCCAUCAGGACUCCCGCCAUGAUUGGCUGCUCGUUCGUGGUCAACCGGGACUACUUUGGAGAACUGGGGCUCCUCGACUCCGGCAUGGAUGUCUACGGAGGGGAGAACAUCGAACUUGGGAUCAGGGUGUGGUUGUGUGGGGGCAGCAUGGAGGUUCUGCCUUGCUCCAGGGUGGCUCAUAUUGCACGCAUGAAGAAACCCUACCACAGCAACAUAGCGUUCCACACCCGCCGAAAUGCCCUGCGUGUGGCUGAGGUAUGGAUGGACGAGUACAAGUCCAACGUCUACCUGGCCUGGAACAUCCCAAUGGAGAACCAUGGUAUCGACUACGGGGAUAUCUCUCAGCGGGUGGCGCUGAGGAAGAGCCUGCAGUGUAAGAGCUUCGAGUGGUACCUGGAUAACGUCUAUCCAGAGAUGAGGAGGUACAACAACACACUCUUCUAUGGAGAGAUCCGGAACACUAAAGUGAGCCACCUCUGUAUGGAUCAGGGUAUGAAGGAGAAUCACACGGCCACGCUCCACCCCUGCCACGGCUGGGGUCCUCAGUUAGGGCGAUACACCAAAGAGGGCCAGUUGUUCCUGGGGCCUCUUGGCAGUACGGGCGAGGACACACGCUGUGUAGUGGACGACCAAGUCAGCAGCUUUCCUCAACUCCUCAACUGCGACAAAGUGCCCGUCAAGCAGAAGACGUGGCACUUCUCUCAGAACGAACCAAUUAUAAACCGAGCCACGGGGCGCUGUCUGGAGGUGGUGCCGGCCAACGUUUACUUCGGUCACCUGCUGGUCCUCCAGCCCUGCACCGGACAGAGAUGGACCAUCAAGAACACCAUGAAGCAAUAG